AUGGGCAGCGUCGCUAACCCCAAGACCGGAACUUUUUUGUUCACCUCCGAGUCUGUCGGAGAGGGUCACCCUGAUAAGAUUGCUGAUCAGGUCUCCGAUGCCAUCCUCGAUGCCUGCCUUGCUGAGGACCCCCUCUCCAAGGUUGCUUGCGAGACUGCCACCAAGACUGGUAUGGUCAUGGUCUUCGGUGAAAUCACCACUCAGGCCAAGCUCGACUACCAAAAGGUCAUCCGUGGUGCCAUCCAGGACAUCGGCUACGAUGACUCCGCCAAGGGCUUCGACUACAAGACCUGCAACGUCUUGGUUGCCAUUGAGCAGCAGUCGCCCGAUAUCGCCCAGGGUCUGCACUACGAGGAGGCCCUCGAGAAGCUCGGUGCCGGUGACCAGGGUAUCAUGUUCGGUUAUGCUACCGAUGAGACCCCUGAGCUCCUCCCCCUCACCCUUCUCCUCUCCCACAGACUCAACAGCGCCAUGAAGGAGGCCCGUAACAACGGCUCCAUCCCUUGGCUCCGCCCCGACACCAAGACCCAGGUCACCAUCGAGUACGCUCACGACAACGGUGCCGUCAAGCCCCUCCGUGUGGACACCAUCGUCAUCUCUGCCCAGCACAGCGAGGAGGUCACCACCGAGGAGCUCCGCGCUGUCCUCAAGGAGAAGAUCAUCAAGAAGGUCAUCCCCGCUGAGCUUCUUGACGACCGCACCGUCUACCACCUCCAGCCUUCCGGCCGCUUCGUCAUCGGUGGUCCCCAGGGUGAUGCCGGUCUCACCGGUCGUAAGAUCAUCGUCGACACCUACGGUGGUUGGGGUGCCCACGGUGGUGGUGCCUUCUCCGGUAAGGACUACUCCAAGGUUGACCGCUCGGCUGCCUACGUUGCCCGUUGGAUCGCCAAGUCCCUCGUCACUGCUGGCCUUGCCCGCCGUGCCCUGGUCCAGCUCUCCUACGCCAUCGGUGUUGCUGAGCCCCUCUCCAUCUUCGUUGAGACCUACGGCACCUCCGACAAGUCCUCGGACGAGCUCGUCGAGAUCAUCCGCAAGAACUUCGAUCUCCGCCCCGGUGUCAUCGUCAAGGAGCUGGACUUGGCCAAGCCCAUCUACUUCCAGACCGCCAAGAACGGUCACUUCACCAACCAGUCUUUCUCCUGGGAGAAGCCUAAGGCUCUUAAGUACUAA